CGUUUUUAUAAUCCAAACGCAUUCGCUUUUUUUUUUUUUUGGUCAAAAAACGCAUUCGCUUAGUUACAAAGAAACAAAACCACCGCGUACAUCUCCUCAAUUUUCUUCCCUUAUAUAGCCUCUGAUUUCUUUUCGGUUUAACAAAUCAUUCCUUCCCUUUCAUCAGUCAAAACCUUUUGAUCCAGUACGUUUAACCAUGUCGAGCAGACCGGAAGACCAGCUUUCUCCCCGGGAGUCUUAUCCUCCAACCACAACCGUCCCCGACAUUCACGCCUCGCAACCACCGCCGCCGCCUCCACCGUCGGAGGAGGACGCCAAGAAAUGGGGGACCCACAUAAUGGGAACUCCCGCAGCUCCGAACGUCCACCCGGAUAACCAGAAAGCUGCUCUAUGGAAAGCCGCCGACCACCAGCAAAUCCCGCAGCAACCGCUCGAAACACAACAGCAACAACCGCCGUACGUUCAGUACUCUCCGAUCAACAAGCCGACCAACAACCCCUUCGAGCCGGUGAUCAACCUCUUCAACUCGUGGGGGAACAAGGCCGAGACCAUCGCCCGGAACAUCUGGCACAACCUCAAAACAGGGCCCUCUGUUUCCGAGACCGCCUGGGGAAAAGUGAACUUGACGGCCAAGGCGAUCACGAAAGGCGGGUUUGAGUCUCUGUUUAAGCAGAUUUUCGCUACUGAUCCCAACGAGAGGUUGAAGAAGACUUUCGCUUGCUAUCUUUCCACUUCUACCGGACCUGUGGCCGGGACUCUGUAUCUGUCGACGGCAAGAAUCGGUUUUUGCAGCGACCGGCCGUUGACUUUUACUGCUCCGUCUGGACAAUCAACUUGGAGCUACUACAAGGUGAUGAUACCUAUGACGAAUGUAGGGACAGUGAAUCCUGUGGUGAUUACGGAGACCCCGACGCCGGAGAAGUACCUUCAGAUUGUCACCACCGAUGGACAUGAUUUCUGGUUUAUGGGGUUUGUUAACUUCGAGAAAGCUUCGCAUCACGUACUAGACAGUGUGUCGAAUUUCAGAGCAGUUGGGACCAAUGAAGUGCAACAAGUGCAAUCUGUUGUUGUUUAGAAGAUGAGGUUUCGUUUUGAAUCGUCCUAUCUUGGUUUCAAGAACAACCAAAACCACUCAUCAUAGAAAUUCAAGAACUGAUGCAUCUAUUUAAAAGCAGCACGAGUCCACCAGGAAGCAGCAGCAAAGUGCAGCCAAACUGCAAAAAAUGUAGACAAGAGAGGCAGGGGAUCAGCAAGUAGUGAAGAAGAACGAAUUAAGGAGAAGCCACAAGUUGAUCGCCUCGUAGAAAAAAAGUUGAUUGUCUCAUAGAAAUGAUGGAAUACUGGUUCACAUGAAUUAACCAGUUAGUAGAUUCAUUUGGCAAAGUAGUUUCAAGCCUGUUCAUACAAUAAUCCGAGUAUCUGACAGUAAUAGUCAAACUGUCAAUAUUGAGCUUA